AUGGCCGGCGGGCCAUUUGCUUCGGCUGAUGGUCUUCUUCCUCUACCCAUUCCGGGAGAGGGGGAAGCUAGGGGUUCGGUGGAUGGCGGUUCUAAGUCGGCAGGGGGUGGUCUUGGUGGUGGAUCAAGGCCGAGAGAAGUUGCUGCAGGUGGGGGAUCCUCCUCGGGUGGUGGUGGUGUUUUGGUGGCAGGAUCGGGAAUGGAUAUACAUGGAGAAGCUGUUCGGAAGGGGGUGUCAUGGACUUUAUUCUUUCAAUCUUCUUUAAGCUCCCUUAAUAGUGAAGGUUUGGAGUUAAGUUUCAUUGAGCCUGUUUGUAUUAAUGGUAUGCGUGUUGCACAAUGUUCUUCAGCCAUGCUUAAGGCAGAAUUAUCUAAAUGGAAGAACACUCUUCUUGGGCAUUUCAUUGGCCGUAGGCCAAGUUUUACUUAUGUUAAGGAAGUGCUGCUGAAACAAUGGAGUAUUUCUGGGCAUGUGGAUGUUAAUCUUUUAGAGAGUGGAUUCUUUGUUUUUCGUUUGAAUUUGGAGGAAGAUAAAGUUAAAGUGCUAGACGGAGGACCAUGGACUGUGCAGCGAAGACCGUUGAUCCUCCGGCCUUGGAAACUAGGAAUGAAGCUUCAAAAGGUUGAAUUAAACUCCAUUCCUAUCUGGAUUACUUUCCCCAACCUUCUUUUUCACUUCUGGAAUGUGGAGGCUUUGAGUUCGAUUGCUAGUGUUAUCGGCAAACCGAUAGCCACUGACAAAAUGACAAUGACUAAGGAAAGGCUCUCCUAUGCCCGCAUAUGUGUGGAAAUUGAGGCUACCCAUGAUGUCCCGGAGCAAGUGGCUGUCCAUGAUGAUGAAGGGUUGGUGUUCUUUCAAAAAGUGAAGUAUGAAUGGUGCCCUCCACGCUGCAAUAGCUGCAUGAUUUUUGGCCAUGCCACUAGUCAAUGUGGUGCUAAUCAAGCUACACAGAAGGGUAACAGCUGA